GCAUUAAGUCAUGAAAAAGGCGCUUAUAGCAAGUAGACGUAAGUAUGGCUACCGGUUUAACCUAACUCUCAAAUUCAACAAAACAGCUGUUCGAGCAAAAUGGCUACGAAGCUUCAGGUCGGGUCAGUCGCGAAUUUACACCGAGAAAGCAGACGACCUAUUUUAGGAAAGCAGCCAGAGGAGUCAAGAAUCAACAUGGCGACGACGUAAUACCGCCUGUCUUGAAAGUUGAAAAUAAUUCGAGGAUCGUCGAAUGGCUGCAGAUGGCUGUUGAUUUUCAUAGCUGAUUAAAAAUUUUAACUGAUAAACGACACGUAUCAAGCAGGAGCGAAAAUGUUGUUAACAUUGAAGCCAGAUCACAAGAAGCACAUGUUGUUUCUAGUCGAACAAUCAUCGCCAGUUUUACAGGAUUUCUGCAAAUUGGCUCUGGAUUAUUUGCAAAAGGGUCCGAAUGUCAAAGUGUACAACGCUGCUGCUCAAAAGUUAAACGUUGAGCUGGAUGUGAUUAAAAAUUCGGUAGAGGGUUUGGUCAAUCUCUUGCUGGAGAGUUGCAAAUACAAGCUAAGCACGGAGGAUUUCCGAGAUUCCAUAGUCGCUUUAGGUUUCACGGAAGACAAGGAGGCGAUAUUGAGUAAAUUGUACAACGUUAAGAAGGACGAGGUUUCGGAUGCAUUGGAAGAGAUUGGAUUUAAACUGCCGAGGUACCAUGACAUGGAAUGGAGAUUUGAAGUGCAGACUGCGUCAAGAUCCUUGUUGAAACAAGUUGCACCACUUAUCUCUCUUGACUUGUCGCUGAAGAAUCCCGAUAAUCCCGAGAGAAUUGAACACAUUGUACUACAAACCGAUCCAACUAACUUGCUUCAUAUAACUCAAGAGUUAGAGGAAGCUCUGCAAGAAAGUCGCAGUCAACAUAUUCGAAGAAUUUCAAGAGCAAUAAAAUGAGGUUUUUUGUAAUUUGUAAUUACAUUUGAGGCAAUGUGUGAAUAU